UCCACAGUUUUUUCUUCGGACUUUCAUUUGACGUUACAGGCAGCGCUAGAGUGGACAUAGCCAAUCAGCGAGGAGGAAGUCAUGAAUUUUUAAUUAGGGGGCUAUGUACGUCGAUUUCUCGCCGGCCGGAUUAAAAGAAUAUAGCGUUAAAACCCUAUGAAAAUGGCGACUGCAAUGUAUUUGGAGCACUAUCUGGACAGUAUUGAAAAUCUACCUUGUGAGCUACAGAGAAAUUUUCAUCUGAUGCGUGACUUAGAUCAAAGAACAGAAGAAAAAAAAAUUGAAAUUGACAAACUAGCAGCAGAAUAUAUUGCAAAUGUAAGGACCCUUCCCUCUGAGAAGAGAGUGGAACACUUGCAGAAAAUCCAGGUGGCAUACAACAAGUGUAAAGAAUACAGUGAUGAUAAAGUGCAACUGGCCAUGCAGACCUAUGAAAUGGUGGACAAGCAUAUCCGACGACUAGAUGCAGACUUGGCACGGUUUGAAGCAGACCUGAAAGAGAAAUUAGAAGUGAGCGGUUAUGAGAGUCCUGAAGGAAGAGGCAUGAAGAAAGGCAGAGGACAGAAAGACAAAAAGACGCCUAAAGGUCGUGGUAGGAAGGGUUCUGAUGAAGAGUCCCCAAAGAAGAAGAAAUUGAAAACUGGUUCUGAUUACAGUGAUUCCAUUCUUGCUGUGCACCCAUCAGAUGUGCUGGAUAUGCCUGUUGAUCCAAAUGAACCAACAUAUUGCCUCUGUCACCAGGUUUCUUAUGGAGAAAUGAUUGGAUGUGACAACAAUGAUUGUCCAAUAGAGUGGUUCCACUUUGCAUGUGUUGAUCUCACAACAAAGCCAAAAGGAAAAUGGUAUUGUCCUCGCUGUACACAGGAGAGAAAGAAAAAAUAAGAUCUAAGGUGGAGUUUGAGGAAAAUAAUAUAUAUUUUUGUUGUAUAAUAGUUUAGAAUGUUUAAUCUACAUAUUCUCUUUGAGUGGACAGUGACUUAUAGAGUCCUUAUGGCCAGUUGUAAUACUGACAAGCUUUUAAAAAUUGUUUAUACUUGAAAUUACAGUACUCGGUCCGUUACUGAUACCAAGAAUCAAUAUAUUGCACUUUUAAAUCUCCCUAAAUAACUGAAGUGUAUGAAAUUUUCAAUCUAGUAGCACAACGUACUGAAAAAUGUAAAGUCAGGAAACCAGCGAAAUCCAGAGACCGUCUAUAACUGACCUAAGUGACUGAGCUAAGUCACUAUUUUUUGGGAUAGAAACAACACUGUUAAAAUUUAUAUGCUGAUGUACAUUUUACAGAAGUAAAGAAUGUAGGAGUGCCAUUAGAUUCUUUUCUAUACUGUGAAUUUAUUUUUAAUAAGGGAUUAUAUAUUAGUUGGUUUGAAUGUAAUUUUACUGUUCAUAGUAAUUCUGUAUCUGCUUACAGAUGUUUAUUUUAAACCUGUUAUAUAUAUAAGCGCCUGAAGAAAUCAAUGUACUAGUUCUUUAUUUGUGCUGCUUUUGGCCUUUCUGCUAACAGGAAACCGCUGUGUUGCCCAAACGUUGUAAUUGCCUACUUCACACUUAUACUGUAAUUAAGGAAUAUGAUUGUUUCCAUCUUGCAACUCCAGAGCCAGGUCUACCUUUGGCUUUAAAAUGUCAUAGUCUUUUACAAAGUAUAGUGUUUGUGUAUGUUUGUGUGCAGCAUGUUCUGUGUACAUGCAAAGUCAGGUUUAGAACUACCUGUUAUGGCAGGUUUCUUCAUCAUUUACCAAGCAAACUACCCACUGUCUGACCUAGGAAAAGACAAUUAACUUUUGAUUGGUAAAGAUAGUGUGAUUUGACACUGAGGAACACAUAUUCAUCGCCAAUCUAAUGUGUGUUUUGUUUUCCUUGAAUAACUUGUAGAGUAGAUCAUGAUCUAUAAUCCUAUAAUAUGGUCUAGGACUGAAAAUGAUAGUGUGUGUGCACACCUCUGAUUGUCUAUAACUUUUGCACUAUUAAGUGAAUGCUGGACCAGUGUGUAUGUGCUUACAUAUUGUAUUAAUAUAAUGCACAUUAUACGGCAGGUUUUCAAAGUCAGGAAUCAAAGACGUAUAAGACCUGUAGGUUUCAUGACUGCUUUUACUAUUGUUAGCUAUGUAUAUGUGUGUUUAUGUACAGUUAGUUAUAUAGAGAGUGUGUGUGGGUGAAAGGAGUAUAUAGUCAGUUAUAGUUUAUUGUUUAUAUAAUAUGAAAAUAUCCAAACACAUUCACAUAAUACAAAUGACCAACAUUUCUACCAUCAAUCUUUACAAAAUCACCACACACAUGCUUAUGUAAACAUUUUUUCACAUUUUCUUCUUUUUAAAUUUUUAUAUUACUCUUGAGUGAACAUUUAGAUAAUAUUGUAGUGUAUAUUUUAACAUU